ACCUAGCAGCAGUGCAAUAAAUGCAACGUGCUGGUGGAACUUCAAAACACCAUGUGGUCAACACUAGUUAGCGUGGUUUUCCUGCUCACCUGCGUCUGUAUGUAUCUUGGUGUCCAUAUUGUCAUAUAUUCAGCUUUCACUAUGAGCCUCUUGCUGAUGGCCCAGGCACUGAGCCAGAGGGGAAGAGGUAUGUCUGAGGGAUUUGAGAGGGCAGUGUUAAUAACAGGCUGUGACAGUGGAUUUGGGUAUCAACUUGCCAAGACACUGGACAGCAUGGGAUUCAUCGUGUUUGCUGGGUGUUUAUGCUCUGAUGGUCAUGGAGCUCAAACACUGGCCAAAGAGGGAUCUCAGCGUUUAAGUGUGCUGCAGUUGGAUGUAACCAGAGAUGAAGAUGUGAGGCUGGCUAAGGCCCUUGUGGAAGCAAACCUACCAGAGAAAGGCCUUUGGGCUGUUGUAAACAAUGCCGGCAUCAGUGACUGGGGAGAGACUGAAUGGAAUUCCAUCGAAGACUACCAGAAAAUGGCAGACAUCAAUUUGUUUGGCUCCAUCCGUACUUCGAUUGCAUUUCUGCCUCUUGUACGAGCAUCCAAAGGCCGUAUGGUAUUUGUGUCAAGCAUCUUUGCCUUCUUUAAUUGUUUGAACAUGGGAGCAUACAGUAUAUCCAAAAGAGGGCUGGAGGCCUUUGCUGACUGCCUGAGGGUUGAGCUGGCCAGUUUUGACGUAAAGGUCAGCAUUAUUCAGCCAGGAAACUUUGGACCAGCUACAAACAUCAGAACUAAGAAAACAACCCAAGAAAUAUGGGAUAAAUUGGAUGAGGAACAUAAAGCAAUUUUCAACAGAAGUUACGUUGAGAUUGCAAAUUCGUACUCCCAGUCUUCAUGCAAUGCAGGGUUUAAAGAUUGCCGCAUGGUCAUUGAUGCUAUGGUGCAUGCUCUUACUGCCCCUAAUCCAAAAGCACGUUACCUACUUGUCUCUUCGAUGGAGAUGAUCUUUUUUUCUGUAUUUCCUUUUUUGCCCACGGUUAUCAAAGACGCAGUGUUUAAAAUUUCCCCGAUUUACCACAAGCGCAAAGCGAUGCUUUAUGCCUGAAAUUUGAUUUCAGAUUUAUAUCUGAUGCGACUUGAAGGUUUAUGAUUUCAGAAUCAGAUUCAGAUCUCAACUUUAGUAGUCAACCGUUAGAUAAUGGCCAAAUGAUAAGGAAUUGCUAAGUAUUUGGAAAUUGGUCCUUGGUGUCACUCACAUGGUUGGCCACAUGGCUUAUCAUUGCACAAAGUGUUUCCACAGCUAUCACGUCUUACCACGUUACAAGUACAUAGUCUUUAUAUUUGUUAUUUUUGUUUGAAGUUUUAGUGGACAACCACAGCCACAUUUCCUGAGUUCGGUAUAAGAAGCAGAACUAGAAAUGCUGAAAUGUUAGUUGUGUCCAGGAUGAUGAACAGAGAUGUCAAAGAUUAUAAAAUUACUAAAAAAAGUAUAGUGUAGUCAAUUAUAUUCAUUCUUCAUAUUUCAAAAGAUGGAAAAAAUGAAUGUAUAUACAUGAAGACAGUAUAUUAUUUACUGCUUGAAACAGAACUCUUGAAAAAUUGUAUAAAAUGUCUAAAAAUGUAAUUUGGCAAAUAGUUUGUAAUAUUUAAAUCCACUUUGCAUGACUUAUUAUUGUAUGUAAAAUGACAAAAAUGUAAUAUGGUAAGUCAAUCCAAGCUUUAGAGUAGAUAUAAAGAUGUUUCUCUGUAUGUUCAGCAGUUCUGAGCAUAAGCAGGGGAGUCUUUUUCUUUUGUGUGAGGCCAAAUAAAGAACAAACUGCAGAAGGAAAUCUUAUCAGAGCCCCAGAUUUGAACAAAGGUGUCCUGUUUGCUGAACAGAUACUUCUCCUUUUUUAGCAGACUGGCUAUGGACAUGUAGGCUCAUGUGUGAAGCGUAGUUUGGUUGCAAUCAUGUAGUGUGUAGCACUAGAGGUGGGCAAAAUGACAAUAUUUUAUUGUUGUCAUGAUAAAUUUUGAUACUAUAAUUUAAAAAAAGCUUCUUUUUUUUUAAACACAUUAUCGCUAUCAACAGUACUAGAGAUAAAAAGAGCUAUAUUUCGCCCAACCCUGUGCAGCACCACGUACUGUCUGUUGUGUGUUUGUUCCUCCAUAUUUUACUGUAUUCUCUUUGACGUAAGCAGUUUUUAUUCUAAAAUCAAAAUAGAGGAAGUAGAGAGGGUCGGUGUAUUAACAUGAUUAUUUGUUUUGAGUGAGCUGGUGUUUGUGCAUUUGCUGCAAGUCUCUUCAUGGUUAAGCUUGUUGUGUUCACAAACCUGCAAUAAACUGGUGUUGAUUUCAUCUAAACAGUCGUGCCAGUGUAUAUUGAUCUAGUACAAGAAUGUGUUUUCAUUUUGUUUUCCAUAUGCAAAAGUUGUGUACACAGGUGGGUCCUUGGCAAAUAACGUUUCCCUGUUGAAGUGAUGUAUGUAUGUUAGACAGACAGAUAUGUGUGGAAAUGACUGAGGGAAAUGUUUGGGUGUCAUGGGGCACUUGAAGGCAAAAUGUGUUUGAUUAUUGGCAUGCUUAGCAGAAAAUUAGUCUGUAGAUAUGGAGCACUGAUGCGCAGAAAAGUAGUCCACAGAUGUCGAGAGGAACCACAGAAAUUUAUCUCUUCAGUUUCAGACUGUGCGCUCGUUGGUAUUCUUAUCAUCUAUCAGCCCCUGCCGAAAACCCAAAAUGUCGCAUUAUCUAUCUUUUUAUCUAUAGCCAUUGUACUUUUGAAGAAGUUUGAAUGUCACUGUUAACUGAUUCCCUGUAAGGAUGUUAGCUCAAAUUCAGCCUCAGUUAGAGUUGCACAGUGUUUGCAUUUGACCCACUUACAAGGCAACUGUAUAAUAUUGUGUUCUACCUGCUGUGAGGAAUUUUCACCUUCAGCAGGGGAAGCAUCUCCUGCAACUGGACUAAAAGUGUGCCUCAGAGCACAUCUAGACCAUUAAAUACUCAGGGGCAAAGAACAGUAACAUGGAUCCAACCUUUUUCAGCAAUUUUUUGCAGUUGUCUGCUAAAUUUUUGAAAUGUAAAUCAAGAGAAAACUGAAUUAUUGAUUAUUGGUACUAAUAAAAAAAGGAAGUUGGUUUGUGAGAAGCUCGGCUCUUUUGCUUCAUAUACCAAACCUGAAGUAUGAAACCUGGGUGUCAUCUUAAACACUGAGCUCUGUUUCAUCCCGCAUGUAAACACAGUCAGUAAAGCUUUUCAUCAUUUGAGAAAAGGAAGUUUGCUGAAUUUCGGCCUUUUCUAU